CGCGUUUCACGUCGUCGUCGGGUACGGACUGCGAGCCGAGUGGAGCGGUGGUGUGAAGCGGCGAGUGUGGGGGCUUUUGUGAGUGCGUGUGGCUGGGCUUGUUGGCGGGGCAGUGCGGAGAAGUGGCGUUCGGUCGACCCGUGAGGGUGUGUUGUCCGUGCUGAGUGGCGUGGGGGGUUUUACUUUUCUUCGAAGAAGAAGAAGCGACGUGCAACAGCGAUUAGGAAAGAAAACUCCGUCGAUGACCGUGCGGAGGACUUCGAGGCAGCUUCACGACGGCGGCGGCGACGUCUUCUUGCCGGGCAAGUCGGGGCCCCCGUCGGCCUACACCUGAGGAUUAUCGCAAGACGGACGACGCCCGCGCGCGACAAAAAUGACACUCCAUCCGAGGAGGGAACAUGACCGAAGCUAGCUUCCACGAUGGCGGCUGCCUGGUUCGUGUGCGGGCCCAGGUGAUGACGCGGGACGACUCGACGGGCGGCUGGGUGCCGCUCGGGGGCGGCGGCCUGAGCAGCGUGUCGGUGCGCAAGCGCUGCGACCUGCAACCGAACAGCACGACGGCCGUGCCCGGCGCCUGCUGCUACCAGAUCACCGGCGAGCGCGAGGCCCGCGUGCUGCUCUCGUGCGCCAUCGGGCGGGACUUCACGUACAACAAGGUGAUGCCCACCUUCCACCACUGGCGCGCCGGCGAGCACAAGUUCGGGCUCACCUUCCAGACGUCGGCAGACGCCAGGGCCUUCGACAAGGCCGUGCGCAUCGCCAUGGAAGACCUGCUGGACGGCGUGGGCGACAUGUGCGGCACUUUUCCCGACUCAGACAUCGGCGACGACGACGUGUUCAUGACGCUCGAGCUGCCCGUCGACUCGCGCUCCUCAUCGGGCUCCUCUUCGGCCGGCAGCGGCCUGUCGCCGUACUCGGCGAACCACCACCUGCACCGCAUCAACUACGUGCGCCGCAACGACGGGGGCCCGCCGCCGUCCAACAAUCACCACAAGGGCGGCCUGCUCCUGGACGACGCCGGCAACCCCGUGCAGCAGCAGCCGCCGGAGCCCUACUCGUACGUGCAGUUCGCCAAGCACGACUACUCCUACCCGCUGGUCGAGACGCUCAAGAGCGGCGUCGCGCGAGACGCCGGGGCGGCGGUACCUCCGGGUGGCGCCCCGGUCACCGGCCAGGCGGCCACCGUGCCGGCGCCCGGCAAGAAGGGAGCCGCCGCGCCGCCGCUUCCCAGCAAGGCGCGCGGGGGCCAGAAGCGCCGUCAGUGUCGGCACUGCCUCGAGGAGUUCUCGGAGGACAGCAACGUGCGCGGAUCGUGCGAGUACGCGCCGGACAACGUGCUCGCGUGCAUCAACGCCGCCUCGUGCAUCUCGUGCGCCCACUGCAUGCUGUAUCACUGCAUGGCCGACGCCGAGGGCGACUUCAGCCAGCGGCCCUGCUCGUGCUCGGGCUCUCCGAGGGACUGCCGCCGCCGUUGGGCGGGACUGGCGCUGCUGUCGCUGUUGGUGCCCUGUCUGUGGUGUUACCUGCCCCUCAGGGCCUGCCACCGGGCGGCCGUCGGCUGCGGACUGUGCGGGGGUCGGCACCAGGCCUGAGGGGCUCGAGCUGUGGGACGUCUGGGCGUGGUUGUGUGCCGUGCCGUGCACCUGUAUGUGUCGUCAGAGGACCGGAGGGGGAGGUCUUAGCGCAGCGCUAGUUCACAGUGAACGGGAAUCGUUGCAUUGGGGAUAGGACAUAUAGCCCAUACCAUGUGACAGAGGUGGUAUCCGAGAUGGGGGUCGAUUUCGUAAAGUUGGCCGAUUCGUUGUAGAAGGUCAGCACAGAAAAGGGGACGCGUCCUGUCGCGUUGUUCGUGCCUUCUUUUCUGCGCUAAUUUGCUACAGCACAGCAGUACAGAUGGCUUCACAACAGCCCACCCCUUAAGCCUGCCCUUAGCCGACAUGUUGAUGUUGUAGCAGGAGGGCAGAAGUCAGCUUCUUUUAACCACAGAUGGAGCAUUUGAUCAGUGGCAUGGUGGGAGCAGACUGUAUUUAGCAAUGCACUCGGUUGCAAUGCCAGUGCCACCACAUAGCAUCAACACUUCUUUGCCUCUUCAGGAGGAUGCUGCACACAAGUAUUUCUAGUUCACAUUGAAGGAGCGUUCCAGGUGUGGCACUACAGGCUUAGCACUUUUAAUCAGUCAUGCAGUGGGUGGCAAACUCCAGAAAGGAAAGGUUUCAUAGGCAGGCUUUUAUUUUUGUGUUUGGGAAAUCAUAAAUAUGGCUGCAUGCUCUGAUAAUAGUUCCAAGUUCAAAAGCUUAUGUUGCACUCGUGUUAGGUAUUUAAGUCCCUUGAAAAUCUUUGGAAGAAGUAUUUUCUUGUAAUUAAUCUUCUAAUUGUCUUCUAAUUAAUCUAAGAAAUUUUCUACCACUGUCACAUUUUGAUUCUGUGCAUUUGUUUUGAUUCAGUGCAUUAGAGAUUUUCUUCGAGCAACGCUAGUACUGAAACGUUGGUUCUUGCACAGGCAUUCGCUUAAAUAAAUUUUCGAAAGAAGGAUAGUCUUUUACAGUUUUUCUCAGGGACGAAAUUGAAUAAAUUUCGAAGACCAGGUUAUUAUACUGGGGACAUAGCUUUUUUUUUUGUAACCUUGAUGGAUGGCUGUAUUCCUUUCAAAAGAAAACAAUAUCUCUAUUAUGUGACCACCCUUGUGCUACAAAGACAGAUGCAUUGCGGUCAUGAUUUGAGGUGAUGCUUUUACAACGUAACUAGCAUACGGACAUCGGAGACCUUUUCUGAGGCUGAAGUGCCUGCCCCUGCUGCGGAUAUUUGUGAGCAGUCACAACCUAUGUCAGUUUCACUCUCAGUUUGUCUAGAGCUAGUGCACAUUAGCCAUGAUCUCUUUCGUGUUGUUCGCCAUUUGUCUGUCAACUGAAUCAGUUUAACUUGUUGCUUUGCACUACCAAGUAUUAUUCCUGGAGCACAUGCUGUCCUUUCCUAUAGUGCACAUUGAACUUGACUACUGAUCUGCUUCAAAUACACUUGUUCCUUGAAAAUUACAGUAUCACAAUGCGUGACAAUAAUUUUCAUGCUUCAUAAAUUGACCCUUGAAAUGCAAAGUUGAAAAAUUUCGAAAACAAAUUAAAAUUAAGUUUUUUUACUGUAUGUGCAAGUGUCACAUACUAUGGAGGCUUACAUGGUAGAGAUGAAAUAAAUUUUUAACGGCUUUCAUAGAAAUAGAACAUAAAUUAAUUGAUUUAAGGCCUAUAUUAAGUAUUCAUUAAAGCUCCAGUGUAUUAUAGGAGCUGUUUUGUUUCAGGUUUCUUCUACUUUCCUAGUUCUUCCAGUGUUACCUGCACUCUUUUCAGCAUGCCUUCACUGUAAUGCUUGCACCAUAGUACAGCUGAUGUAAGAGUUGUUCUGGUCUUUAGCCAAAAAACCCAAAAACUUCAAACUGAUUCUAAGCGCUAGGCCUAGCGUAGUGCUGAGCUCCUCGGACUGAAAACCUGACCUGAAUAUCUAUGAAUAACUUGGCAAACUAGCCUUAGCAUCUGAAUGUUGCAACAUGUUUUAUAUGUUCACAGAGAGAUACGGAUAGAACACAAAAAUUGAGGAUGCAGUAGUCUUGUCUGUGUGCCACUGAGAUGUUACAGCACAUGGGGAAAAAUGCAGUGCUUCACAUGGCAGCAAGAAUUGCCAUGCCAAUCUGGACAGUGCUUUCCAUUUGCCACGUUGCUUUGGUGCAGGCGCCAGAGCCCCGACAUGUGCGGACAGCACAGAAAAACUUUACCACCAAGACACUGCAAAUACUGCAUGCGUGUACAUGUACGUGCAUAACUGUUCUGCCUGUGGUGAUGCUAAUUCCUGUCUCAAACAUGGCUGUUCUGCCCAUUUUCUCAGUUUUAGUGCAGUCACCGCUUGCCAUCAUUGGACAUGGGCCUGGUUAUUGUGACACCAUCCAAACCCUGCAGCACUUUAGGAAUUGAAGUUUAUGACACAGAAAGAGCCUUGCGGCUAACUUGUUCCAGUUUGUAUGCUGCCCUUCAGUUACAAAAUAGGCUGCCACACUAAAACAGAUUAGGUGUUUCAGAAAGUGUGGGUGAAGUUGACAGACACUGUACCUUUAAAGACGAACAAAUCCUCCUGCUACUGACCAUCUGCUGUACAAGUCCUUCCGGAUGUUACCACGCGAGCACCUUUGGGUACAGUGAAGCUUUGCUACGCAUCAAGUCUAUAGGAUGACAUUCUCCCAGUUCUCCUUGCACUUUCAAUUAUUGAAGAAAAAUAGCAGCUUUCUACUUGCAUACCACGAUAUUCUUCAUGUGCACUGGAGCUAUGAUACUCUGACCCGCUUAGUGACUUCACAGAAAUUCAGCUGCUUUGAGCAAGAUGCUGCCCAUCCUAGCAACCUUUAGAUUGCUUGCAAUGGUUCUUGCCUGUGGCACUUAAUUCAACCAUAAUGUUGUGCUCACAUCAGGUCACUUAGUGGAAUGUGCAAGUGACUGCUGCAAUGUAUCUUGGGGCAGUGCUGAUAAGUGUGCAGUGUCAAAAGCAUAUGUAGCCACAUAACAAAUGAGCAUACUACCACAGAGUUCUGCAAGUGUUCCACUGAGCAUAUUCACGAUUUUACCAUGCACAUGAUAGUUGCAAAUGUGCUACAGCGCUGCAUAAUCAGUCAUGUUUUCUAGGCAUAGCGUUUCUUGCUAGAACUUCUGCUGCCACGAUUUCUGCCAUCUCACAGCUGGUGUGUCUGGUCCUGUUUACUAGUUUAUUUUUGACAUUCUGCAGAGCAUUUUCUGUCAUUUUGGCAUAAUUCUGUAGUAGCAUCUAUGUGAAAAAUUUGCUCUUCUCACUACAGUGCGUUACAAAACAGCUCUGUGGCUAGCACCUUGGCUUCACUGUGCGAAUACAAAUUUCAUCAUGUUUUUAGCUAGCCAUAUUAUGGACAAAGCACAAGGUGAUGAAUACCAUGAACAUGUUCUGCGUACCAUGAGUUAUGAUGUGCACGGGUACCUCUCCGCACGUAUUACACUUUGUCACGGCUUCCUUCACCUCCAUGAGUUACCACACUUUCCUCAGUUACUCUCACAUCUACAUUAGGUCCAAGUGCUCCUGUUCUUUUCUUUUUCAGAUUACAAAAGCACGACAGUGAAUCACCCUUUACAUGUAACUGUGACAUCCUUCCUCCUUAUUUGCCCUAUUUUUUUGAUGACUUGGCAAAUCUGGCAGCAGUGCUGGCACCCUGGACAUAUUAGAUGUAUGACUGUGCUGAAUCCGUAAUGAAUCUAGCUGUGUCAACAUGAGCUGCUUCGCACAUAUAAGAAUGCUGACUAACUGGAAGUUUAACUUAGGACUUUUGCUGCUGUCUUUGACAUUGCUGUCAAAGGUAUCUUUAUGCUUGCGACACAUUUAAUUUUGGCACUGCACAUGACGAUGCACAAUCCACAGCUGGCACUUACGAGUUUGUGACAAGAAUCUUGUGAACAUUGUGGAGUUUAAGCGAAAGGUUUAACUCGGGCUGUCAUCUUUCUUAGUAGCAUUUGUCAAAAUGGAAAUGAUUAGCUGACCCAACUUCCCAGAUAUCUGACAAUUCUGCAAAAGCACAUAAAGAUCACACAGCUGGAGUCAAAAUAUUAAAUCAAGUUAAAAUGUUCUGUGGAUUCUUUGUAUGCAAAUUAGUGCCACGCUGUUCAGUACAACGUGCAUCUUGUUUGGUAUAAUGUGUCUAAGUUGCAAUACUGGCAUUUGAAAAUUUAACUUUCCCAUUUCCUGUCAGAAUAUGCCUUUAGUAUCACAAUUGCUUUAACUUAACUCUUUGUCAUUUUGACAGCAUUCACCAAAAUCACGAGUUGCCCAAUGAGACAAUUUCUGCGUUCCCUAUUGUAUUAAGAAAUUGGAAUUUGGCUUGAUGUAAAUCUUUCCCUCAAUUUUUAUGCUGGGCACUUUGAUGUGUCGCCUGUUCUCGCCUCCGGUUGGACCUCCCUCCAUGCACUGUUUCUUGGCGUGCAGUUAAGCCCAACUGUAGAUCAGUGGUGGAUGGUGCAAAGUAUAAGCUUUGCCUUCGCACUGUAUGAAAGCAGCUCCUAUGGAGCCAAGCUGAAUAUGAUUACUGCUCAUCACUGGUCUCCUAUGUGUGUAUUUUUUUUCGUGCCUUUUUUUUAUCGGUUUGAGUAGUUACUGCUGGUGGAUGCAAGACACGCACUGAACGUUUUGUGCAUUGCUCAAACAGGCAGUCGUCACAUUCUCCCACUUCUCAUCUUUCCAAUGAGUUGCAGCAGCUUGCACCACUCUAUUUAUGUAACCUCUUGUGUUCUUUUUUUUUUUGCCUUUUUUUUCUUUCGUAACUUUUAUUUGCUGAAGUCACCCCUGAAUGCUUCAUACUCCCUUUGGCAUGCUCUGAACGGUCUGAGGUUAAAUUUUCACAAUACCCAUCUUCCAUCUUCUCUGCACAAGCCACUGGCCAUUUCGGUUUCUCGGCAACUGUGAAUAAUGGCCAGUGACUGUUUGUGUCGUUGUGUGCAUCGUGUUACACAUUGCUGGGCAGUUCCAUUUGAUACGUGCGAGCAUAUAUGUGAAUAUAUCGUUGUCAUGCAUGUGGAGUCAUCUUCAUUACCUAGAAUAGCCCUUCCAUCGAGCCACACCUACCAGGUCAUACUUCCAUUGCCAUGUAUCGGCCAAAGCCACCCAUGUGCUUAACAUUGAGCUAGAAUUCUUACUGGCAUGCGAUGCAGGCAGCUUCUCUGUCACGCUAGAGUGUUUGAAUUUGAAGCCCAGACACUAGAAGGCAAAUAUAUUUUCCAUGACACAAGCUGCUAACAUCAUUGCCAAACUUAAACGAAACGCAUGACUGAAAAGCACCACUGUUAGAUAUUACGACAUACUGAACAGUUUGCUGAGAAAGAAUUGUUGUGUGAAAGGCAGAACACAGUGCUUAAUUUGUUAUCAAACAUACUUGAUUUUUGUCACGACCGGAAUCUUUGCAUGCCAUCAAACGCAAGUCCGAUUAUGAGUCCCUGAAUUUCUGUAGCAGCCUAAUGGCACUUUAACCAUUGCUUGGUGCACUUUCAGCUUUCCUUCAUUUGUGGAAAGAAUAUGUGCCCAUAAAAUACAGAAAUUGUAGUAACAAGACGUCAACCACCGUUAAUCAGAAAUGUGGUAGGGAGCCAAGAUAGACUCACAGCAGCAUAGCUUGCUCUCUGCAGAAAAAUAUGGCUACCUUUGCCUAGAAACGUUGCCUUCUCAAAUGUGAAAGUUAUGUAAUGCCAUCUUCCCCAUAAUUACAAGUUGCUUCCGGGCCCAAUCUAUUUUAUGGUUGCAGUAUAAUAGUCAACUUUCAAAAAUAACACGAGCUUCAAGAUUCAACUAGUGGCUAAGUAAUUUUAAUGAUCCUGACACAAGAGAAGAAAAAAAUGGACGCUAUGAGAUUUUUAAUCAUUUGGAAGCAAGAAAAGGAGUUUUUUACCUUAGCACAGCAGCCUGUAAAUCGUUGUGAAGUGAACAUUUCCCACAAUUCUUGUUGUCCUACACUGGACAUUUAAUCCGAACUUCCAGGUACAGCCUGCUGCCAUGGGUAAUUUCCCAUGGCAGCAGGCUGUACUAAUUGUAGCCAUGGAGUCAAUAAUAUUUACAUGCUCAAAGUUAAUCACAUUUUGAUUUCUGGAGUCCAACACCUUGAUUUAAAAUGACUGUAUUCAAUUUUAUUUUAAAAUUAGGAUAUUGUUUACUACAUAGGCUGAUACAAUAGCAAAAGAACAUUUAUAUAAAACGGCAAGUAGUUUCGGGCAUUGAUGUUCUGCCUGUCACCUGGAGUUCAGUGCCUAGCUUUUUAUCCUCCUAACCUUUCUUUUUUUUUUUUGCUUUUUGGACAUCCAAAAGCCUUGUUAAUAGUGGUUUUACUUGAAAGGACGGCUUUCUCUGCAUCACACUAUUGUACUGUUUGACAACAUUCGCUACCUUAACUUUUCUAUUGUAACGAGGAAGUUGGGCUACAUCACUUUUCCACGCUCAGCUACUGGACAUUUCCACCUCACACCAAACUGUCAUGUACACUCAUUUCAAGAAAAGCAAGCAUCCUGAACUUGUUUAUGAGCACAUGUUCUUACGUCUAGCUGAUCCUAGCUAAGCACACGAAGGCUGGCCAUAGCUCACACGCGUUUCUGUGCCCGUUUCUCGAAUGCACGUGAGAAGCGGACCCAACUUCUGUGUCGUCUAGAUGUCACAAAUGCUGCGAUAGUAGUAGAAGCUGCGCUCUUAAUAAUAUAAGUCCUAUGUGAAGUGCAGCUUACACAAGCUUGAUGAGAAGCACGAUAGUGCUUUACAUAAGCUCACUUCACGAGAUUUUUAAGAUACGCUAGACAUUUGUACUUUGGGGCGCGCACUACACAUUUCACGGGUCCUUGAGUGUUUGGUCGCAGAAAAGCCUUGACUUUUACAAGGAAGGGACACUGUAUAUAAUUGUCACGCAGGAAACGCCGAACAAACCUGACACAGCAUGACCGAGGCGCUGUUUCACUAUGGUUCGCAAUCUUAGUCAACAACACUGCCGUCAGGAGUUAACCAGCAGUUACCAUGUCCCACACCUUCCUUUCCCUUCUUGAUUCUGCUAGCAGCGCUCCCGUGCACAUGUGGCUUUUGUAAUAUGGUCGGAUUGUAGAAGUCUUUCGUCAACAUCUACCAUGUAGAGCAUGAUGUGCGUUUGCAAAGCUGUCACUUAUUACAGCAAAACAGUUCCUCGCAACAUGCACACUUGAGGUUUUUCACGUUUGUGUAGAUGUGCUUAGCAGGUCAAUCUUGACUGGUCGGCUGAGCCAUGCAUCUAAGCUCAACACAGCUGAAACGCUGCGGAUAUGCUCUUUGUUACGUGCAGGUGUUGCCUUGUUCUGUCUUGUUUUGGUGACUUGUUAAAUGUUGACUGUGCCCCUAGUGUCAAAAGAAAAUUAAGCUGGUCCUGUGUCCUC